AUGUCUCAAUUGCCUUGCACCUCGCAAAUAAAUAUUAUGCACAACAUUAAAAACGAAGAAAAAGAGUUGUGCAUUGAAAAUUCUGCACAUACAGAGGGAUUUCGAUUUCACCCUACAGAUGCAGAAUUGGUGAAAUAUCUUUUACAGUAUGUAUUAAAGGGACGUUUACCUGAAUUAGUUCCAAUUGUAGAAGAAGAUCUUUAUUCUAAAGAACCAUGGGUUGUAUUUAAAGAUAGAAAAGAAAGGACUUUAUAUUUUUUCACGGAGUUGAAGAAAAAAAAGAUAGAAAAUUCAAGGUUUAUUAGAAGUGUAGGUAAAGGUUCUUGGAAAUCUCAAGACAAAGGAAAACCUGUGUGCAGUGAAAAAGGUUCAGUUAUGGGAUAUAAAAGAAGUCUAAGGUACCAGAAUUCAGGUUCACCUCAAGAUGGGCAAUGGCUUAUGAAAGAAUAUUCUCUUACUGAUGAGGUCAAGAAGAUGUUACAUCAACGUUCUCGAGGAUAUGACAAAGAUAAUUAUGUACUUUGCCGAGUCAAAAGAAAGGUAGCAAAAGAUAAUCCAAUUGCCAGAAAAGAGAGCAUUGAAGCUGCAGAGCUCGAGGCAAUUAUUAAUCCUACUGACGGCUCCACCAAAUUUCCUAAUUUAUCACUGAUGAUGGCCAACAUGUCUAACUCGCAAGCAGUACCCACUCACGCCGAUGACGACCUCAGUUUCCACGAAGAAAACGGUAAUGUAGCCGUCCCAGGGAUCGAAGUGCCUCAAGCUAGCCACGAGGGAGUACCUAUCGCAGACCCCGUCUAUGUCAGUCCGCAUAUUGCCCUAAAUGCAAAUCUGGGCGUCGACCCUGGAAAUAGUGUCCGCAGAAAUGCCCGAGCGGCCGAUCAGAAUGCACAGAGCGGUGAAGAAGGCGGAAUUAGCCUUCGAGUGAUAUUCAAAAUAUUGCAGACUCAGCAAGCUGCUAUAGCACAACUCCAAAAUUGGGAUCGAGAACCAAGCAGAAUUAAGCUCGAAACAUCACAAGAGGUUGUUAAUAGAGUUGAACAUGUACCAGAGAAACCAAAUGCUAGUGAAUCGGGAACUGACCUGCCAUUAUGA